AAAAGUUUGGAUGUGUUCAUGCAUUCCUGCAACUGAUGUCGCCGAAAUGUUCGAAAUGAGUAGAGUGUCUCGUUCGUGGCGGGGUUCGUUUUUGACUAUUUUCUUCGUGUUCGUCGUCGCUGCCUCUGCAGACGGCGCUUUGGAGCACCUACGAGCGAAAGCUGGCGAUCAGACGCAGUCCAGAGCGGUGACGGAGCUGCUCCGGCGGCUGCUGGGAGACCGCGCUCGGGAUUUUAUCGUCUCCGUUAACGGCAGUCUGUCCAGCGACGGCUUGGACAUGUGCGAGCUUCGGUCCACGAAAAACAACAAAGUCGUGGCUGUGGGAAACACCGGCGUGGCGGUGGCCACCGGAAUAUACAACUAUCUAAAAUACUUCUGCAACUGCCAUGUGUCGUGGUCAGGAGAUCAGCUGGACCUGCCUCGUCCUUUACCUCCCCUCACUGGCGUGCUUCGGAUCCAGAGCCAGUACAGAUUCAGGUACUACCAGAAUGUGUGCACCCAGAGCUACUCCACUGUAUGGUGGGACUGGCCACGAUGGCAGAGAGAGAUCGAUUGGAUGGCGCUGAAUGGCAUCAAUCUGCCCCUGGCAUUCACUGGGCAGGAGGCAUUAUGGCAAGAGGUUUAUAUGUCUCUGGGUCUAAAUCAGACAGAGAUCAAUCAGUUCUUCACAGGUCCUGCUUUCCUGGCAUGGAAUCGGAUGGGGAACUUGUUUGAGUGGGGAGGGCCACUGCCACAGUCCUGGCACAUCAAACAGCUCUCUCUGCAAUUUAAGAUCUUGGAUCGUAUGAGAGCUUUUGGAAUGAUUCCUGUACUGCCGGCCUUCUCAGGGAUUGUGCCUCAGGGAAUCACUCGCCUGUUUCCUCAAGCAAAUGUGACCAAGCUGGGUCCCUGGAGCCAUUUUAACUGCAGCUAUUCCUGUGCCUAUGUCCUGGACCCACGUGACCCACUCUUCCAGAGAAUCGGCUCUCUCUUCCUGUCCCAGGUUGUAAGGGAGUUUGGGACAGACCACAUCUACAACACUGACACCUUUAAUGAGAUGAAUCCUGCCUCCUCUGACCCUGCCUAUCUUGCCUCAGUUAGCCGUGCUGUUUUCACCACUAUGACCUCAGUGGACCCAAAGGCGGUUUGGCUGAUGCAGGCCUGGCUGUUUGUCAAUGACCCCGAGUUCUGGAAGCCUCCCCAGGUGGAGGCCCUGCUACGUGGUGUCCCGCUGGGCCGCAUGAUUGUGCUGGAUCUAUUUGCAGAGUCCAUGCCUGCGUACUCUUUCACUCAGUCCUUCUAUGGGCAGCCCUUCAUCUGGUGCAUGCUGCAUAACUUUGGAGGAAACAGUGGUCUGUUUGGAACAGUAGAGAGGAUCAACCUGGGCCCCUUUGAGGCCCUCCGCUUCCACAACUCCACACUGGUGGGGCUGGGCAUGGCCCCUGAGGGCAUCGAGCAAAACCCAGUGGUCUACGAGCUGAUGUCUGAGCUGGCCUGGAGAAAGGAACCCGUAAACUUGGUCAAAUGGGUGUCGCUGUAUGCCUCCCGCCGCUAUGGCAGCAUGGAUGACAAUCUGACAGUCGCCUGGCGCCUCCUGUUCCGGAGCGCGUACAACUGCACCAUCCCUGGAUACAAGAACCACAACCGAAGUCCACUGGUGCGCAGGCCGUCUUUAAAGAUGCAGACAGAUAUUUGGUAUGACCCGGCUGACAUCUAUGAGGCAUGGAGGCUGCUAUUUGAGGCUGCACCUUCACUGCUUUCUGUGGAAACCUUCCGGUAUGAUCUGGUGGAUGUGACGCGACAGGCUCUACAGCUCCUUACUGCAGAAUUCUACCAAGAAAUAAGAGACGCAUACCAGGCUCAGAAGCUUUCAGAAGUCCUGACAGCUGGUGGCGUGCUUGUUUAUGACCUGCUACCUGAACUGGACCGUCUCCUUUCCAGCGAUGCCCAUUUCCUUUUAGGGGCAUGGAUAGAGCAGGCACGGUCACUGGGCCUCGAUGAGCAGGAAGCACAGCUGUAUGACCUGAACGCUCGCAACCAGAUCACACUCUGGGGACCUGAUGGCAACAUCCUCGACUAUGCCAGCAAGGAGUGGGCAGGGCUAAUGGAGGACUAUUACUCACAGCGCUGGGGCCUGUUUGUGAACAUGCUUGUGGAGUGUCUGGACCGUAGCCGUCCUUUCAAGCAGGACACUUUUAACCAGGCUGUGUUCCAGGUGGAGAAAGGCUUCAUCUACAACCAGAGAAAAUACCCGUCCAAGCCGAGCGGGGAUACCUACGACAUUGCCCGACGGAUCUUUCUCAAGUAUUAUCCACAUGCACUGAAGAGGUUGAAGAUUUUUUGAAAUCUGCUUGCAUUCCUGAGCGCAUUCAAGCAGCGCAGCUCAAGAACUACAUUUCUACAAUAAUCUCUUCCAUUCUAGGUACAAUAAAUGGGAUGUUACAUUCACAUUUGGGAAUCUUAGUGGUUUACAUGAAAUAAAUCCACAAAUGCAAAACAGGUCUUUAAAUUGACUGUACCAUCAGUUACCAUGGUUCUGUUUCUCUGUUAAACAUCACUGGGCACAGGCCUACCUUUAACCAACAGAUUUGUUUUAUAAAGCCUUUUCAAGCUAAAUGUAGAAAGGGUGAGCAAAUUGCAGCACAAAAAUUAUUGUACAGAUCAUAAAUCAUUUAAACACACUAACAGUCCACUUAAUCAGAAACCACUACCCUAAGCAUCCAUUCACUCACCUGUUUAUGAGGUCCACUUAACUUCUAGGUUUACAGUAUAGAUGUGCAGUUACAGACUGUAAACUGUAGAUCUGUUGGUGCUCAAUUUCUGAGACACCCUUUACCUCAUUAAUCAUUGGUCAGUUUUUGACCUCAACAAGGUGGACCUGCAAGAUAGUUGUUUCUAAUAAACUGGCUCUUGAGUGUGUAUUAUGCUGCAUGUGCAUGUUAUGUUGUAGCUGAAUCCAAUUUGGCCAGGAAGGAAGGUCACAUGCUCAGAGGUAAAAGUCCAGAGUAAAGUUAGAAGGAAAGUUAGUUUGAUUCAAGACGGUGUUUAUUGUGUAUUGUGUUGUACUUUUGAAUUAGAAAUUCCACUUCUAUUGAAUUUUCAGGUGCCAGAGUAAAUAUUAAAUAUGAGAUUGUGAAAUGUUGUAAAUAUUUCGUAAGUCCAAAUCUCAUGGAAAAUAUUUUAGUUUAUAAAUAUCUAUAUAAAUGUUAAGAAGCUAGAGUUCCAGCAUCUGUCUUAAUCACUUGUACAGUCAUGAUGAAACACUAUGAGAAAAUGUCUAUUAUUAAUGUUACUGGCUAGGAUAAUGUAAUAAUGUGUAAUUGUAAAGUCAAGGAGCUGAUAAUAAUGCACACCUUUUGUUAUUGUCUUAUGCUAUUUCUGUUUUGAAAAUUGUUUUUUACUUUUAUAAAGAAAUCUAUUUCUAGAUCACUGUUUACACUUUUCUACUUUUAUUAUGGGAGGACAAAAAAAAUCAAGAAUUUUACCGAAGCAGGAUAUUUUUUAAGUAAAAAAAAAAAUGAGCCAACAUUGAACAUGUAUCACAAAAAUAUUUGAACUUAAUGACUUUGAACACUUUGAACACUUACUUUCAGAAGGUUAUUACCAAGCAGUAAAUCUUAAUGCAGGACUAAAAGUUCAAAAUUAUGUAUUUUACACCCAGUAGAGUACAAGUGCCUGUCUGUCUUUUUGAGCACUUUCGUUUAUGAGUGUAAGUAGCAUUAAUUGUCAGGAAUCCAUUUGAAUGUGAUUAGAAAUUGCUGAAAAUGAAAUGCUAUUUUUGUAUCUUGGUGAAUAAAACCUAUUCUUUUCCUAUCA